GCGGUUGUCACAAAGCUACAAAGUUCUGUGGAAGAUGAAGAUCCCCUCGAUUCUCGUAACGUGCCUUUUUACCUGGGGCUUGGCUGCCGGGAGUAGCAGCUCGUCUGCGGAAUCUUCGGCAUCGGCGUCAGCGACAUCGUCCUCAGAUGCAUCCUCGAGUGCGUCCUCGAGAUCGUCAACGGUUGCUUUUAAUAGAGCACCAAACGUGGUUUUAAAUAGGGCACCUCAAUUAGGUGUUAACCCGGCAGCGGUCGCAUCGGCUCGAGCCAGCAUCUCGGCAAAUGCUGCAGCAAACGAAAAAUCAGCUCAAGAUACGCGAGCAAUCGCUUUGGCCCGAGCAAGAGUUGCCGCUAUAGCGGCAACACGAGCAAUCGCAAGGACGCAAGAAGCCGUUGCGGCGGGAAGAGCCGCAAAUAAAGCUAAUGCGCUUGCUUUUGCUAAAACUUCGGCAGCAAUUUCUGCAUUAGCUGCAGGAGAGGCUGCCGCCCAAAAGGCGACUGCUGCUGUUCUCGCCGUAAGGACUUCCAAUCUUAAAUCUUCCAAAUGCGCAGAGGAAGCUCUGGCGGUGCAGAAUAAUGCGAAUGGAGAAGCGGAACAGGCGAGUCGUGCCGCUGCUGCUAAUCUUGCCGCGGCCAUCCGUACCCGAGACAAUGCUCUCGAUACGAGGAAAGAAGCAGCUCGGCUGAAGGCUCUCGCCACAGCUGCCGCCAACGCCAAUAACAAAGCGACCAGUCUUAACGAAGCUUCUAGGAGUCAAGCAGCAGAAGCAAACUCCGCUGCCGAGGAUACAUCUUCCGAUCAACUUGCUGCUCUCACUCAAUCUAGGGCCCUUGAUACGCUCAGCACGAGUCUCGGUAUCCUCCAAAGCAUCCUAUCCUCCAGACAAGAGUCCAAUGUGGCCGAAGAUGAAGCUUCCGCCGCAGCCAAAGCCUCGCCUAGCACUGCCAUAAGAGACGGACUUAACCUUGGUCUCGGCUCUGAUGCUGGUGCAGCCGCUCAAUUGAGAGCCCAAGCCGCAGCAUUAGCACGAGCAAGUAGAAGAAUUAGUUCCGGUCCUGCGUUACCAGCACGGAGGAGCGAAGAAUCUUCGGAAUCGUCAGCCUCUGCAGUUGCUAGCUCUAGCGCCAAUUCUAGUUCCAAUUCUCGUAGCGCAUCCGGAAACUAAAUCGAUUUCGAGACUCGUACGACAGCACGACGAUCGAAAUCGUCUUAGCAAAGCGUUUACCAAUACGAAGGAUUCAUGAAUUUCAGAGCUCGAUCAUUUGCAGAAAUGAAAAACUAACCGAAAUUUUGUCAUUCCAAAAUUAAUAAUAAAGAAUAAUAUGCUUUUCAAUCGA